AUGGAUAUCCACAGGUGCCGCUUCGUGCAGUAUCCUCCACACCCCAUCAACGCCCUUGCAUUCUCUCACUCCUCCAACCCAAAGAAAAAAGCGCCUCCCGAUCUGCGCCUGGCCCUUGGUCGAAACAACGGCGACAUUGAAAUAUGGAAUCCUGAAAAUGGUCUUUGGGUGCAGGAAACCAUUUUAAGAGGAAGCAAAAACACAACAAUCGAACAGCUCGCAUGGACCCAGGACCUAGUGUGGGAAGAGCUGCACGAUGCAAAUGCACCUAAGACUUCAAGAGGUCCUUUGCGGCUUUUCAGCACUGGCGGGUCGACGUCGGUAACAGAGUGGGAUCUCAAUACAGGUGCUCCCAGAAGCAAGGCCGAAGGAAACUUCGGAGAUAUCUGGUGCUUCGCAGCACAACCUCAGCUUGAAGAUGCCAAAAGCCCAGAAGCCCUCCAGGGCGGCGCAGGGUCACAGUUACUGGCAGCCGGGUGCUCCGAUGGAACAAUUGUUCUCUUUUCUACCGAAGACGACGACCUACGCUACCUCCGACCUCUAGCACAACCUCCCGUGAAGAAACCCAAAGUUCUUAGCCUCGUAUGGCGCGACCGCAAAACUCUGGUGGCGGGAUACGAAGACAGCACAAUCCGUGUCAUCGACGUCUCGAGCAGAAGGAUUUUACGAAACAUGAGCUUGGGAAAGCCAAUAGAAGGCAACAAUUCUGUCGUGUGGACUGUCAAAUGCCUCCCUGACGGGACGAUUGUCUCGGGCGACUCAUCUGGUGAAUUGAAGAUAUGGGACCCGGAAAACUACUCCUUAGUCCAACGGCUUAAAAGUCACAAAGCCGAUGUACUCGACAUUGCGAUGAGCGCGUCUGGAGAUAUGAUAUUCUCGGUUGGUGUUGAUCGGAGGACGGUGGCACACAAGCUGGUCCCUCUUCAUUCUGCAACCCAGAAGAUGAGGUGGGCCGAGGUCUCCCAUAAACGGUACCAUCAGCACGACGUCAAAUGCGCAUCCAGCUUUGAGAGUACAGAGUUGAGCACUCUGGUGACUGGAGGCAUGGAUGCUCGGCCUGUGGUCGUCCCAAUACGCCGCUCACAGACCGAGUAUCAUCGUGCUCUUUCCCACCUGCCUCAACGAUCACAGAUUUCAGCUUCUAAAACUUCAAGGAUGUUCAUUUCCUGGUGGGAUCGCGAGAUUGUGGUUUACCAUGUGCGCAAAUUUUUGAAUACAUCCGCAGAGGUUGCAGGCCCCGAAGGCGCCGUGGAAUCGUGUUAUGACACACUCACGAGACUUGUCAUACAGGACGACGAGAGCAUUCAAGAUGCCCAGAUGUCUCGAGAUGGACGGCUGAUCGCGGCGGCAACAAGCAACAGCGUCAAGCUGUUCCAGUUACGAAAGACCCAGGUCUCGGGCAAACCAUGUCUGCGGACACGCCAAAUUGAACUUCCCCCUUCCAUCGCCCGCUUAGGCGCACGGGGAACAGGCUUCUCUCCUGAUGGCAAGUGGCUAUACUGUGUUCGAAAAGACAACGCUGUGGUCAUGAUAAAGCUUAUCCCUUCAGACGACCCAAAGGAGCGUCCAAUAUUUCACGAGAAAAUUGUCAAGCUCUACCGACAACCUCGAAAGACAGCGCAGUUUGCACUGGGCAAUUAUCUUCAGACAAUCAAACAACUCGCGUUCUCCACCGACAGUCGUGUUCUUGCUGUGGGAGACCUAUCAGGCGCCAUCGACGUCUGGGUACUUGAAGGUCACGAAGAUGUCCACUUCAUCGAUGACGCAGGAUCAGAAUCCUCUAGCAACUCGGCUGGGUCGUCGAGCUCCAGUACCACGUCGGAUGACGAAGAUGACGACUCAUCAUCCCCUAUAAUCCACGGCCAAAAAUGGAUUCGCAACCCUUCUGGGUCCAGCCUCCCACAACUUGACUGCUCCAUUCUUGCGCUGACGUUUCGACCUUCACAUGUCAACGCGAAGUCGUCGUCGUCAGGUGCGCAUGACAACCGUGGUCUACACGCGACACGCCACAACCCGCACCCAGUCAGCCAUGAACUCCCUGACGAAGCGAAUGCAAAACUCAUUGCCGUCACUGCAAAACAUCAAGUCGUGGAAUUUGACAUCUUCACUGCCAAGCUGAGCGACUGGUCCCGACGGAACCCUUCAAGGUUUCUGCCACAUGAUUUCACAAAACUCAAGGAUCGGGUUGUGGGGUGUUUUUGGGACUGUACUGACCGGGCGAGGAAGGGGGAGAGAUUCUGGUUGUAUGGAUCGACCUGGAUAUUCAUGUUUGAUGUCUCUAGAGACUUAUUGAGAGACUAUCCGAACGGAGCAACAAGUAGCUCUGGACAAGGGGAAGUCGAGAAAAUUGGGCGAUUGGGAAGAUAUGAAGUGGUGGAGCCUCUCAUAAAGGGAGACGGCCCUAAUCGAAAACGACAGAAGCUGCUUAAGUCCGCUGCUAACGAACAACGAGAACGCGACAGAAGAGGUAAGAAGCGCAAACGCAACACCGGAGCCGGGGACCAAAUGCGGCUCGAGGAGCGCGAGGGCGGGAUUGGAAAUGAAUUGCGCAAGUUCAAGAAUGCCUCGGGAGAUGAUGCGGAGAUGGUUGAUCUUGAUAUCGACAACACAAACGAGAUGGACCUGGAUGAUGAGCUGGACGAGGAUGGAAGACAAGACGACUCCCUGGCCCUAAUGAGGCGAGGUGAAGGGGCACCAAUCACGGCAGACGAAGUAACUACGGAUGAGCCGGCCACAGGGUCGGUGUCUGUGCAGAGGGCGCCCAGGAUGUACUGGUCCACAUUCGAAUACCAGUCGAUCCUGGGGAUCGAAGUUAUUGGAUCUACAGAGCCCUCUCGUCCGACCGACAACGACACCACCACCACUACUGAAGUGGCCGCGACUGCAGGAAACAAGCCCGAAGAAGGCGACCCUCUUGGAGAAAACACGGAAGAGAGCUCCAGCGGAAACAUCGAGGUCAUCAUCGUCGAGCGGCCCAUGCACGAUGUUGGGCAGGGACCUCGCUUCGACGGCGGGCAGGAGUGGGAUGUGUGA